AUACCUCUUGCUGGCAGAUGGAGAGUUUGGCCGGCAGCUGGUUUUAUCCCUCUGCUACCUCGGUAGAGAAAUUAGGGAGCCAGGGGAGCUAGCUGGAGAGAUUAGGGAGCAUAUUCACUAUGGAGCUCCUCCGCCACUCAUUCUCUGCCCAACGUCUCUUAAUAGAGUUCUAGAAACAGCCUUGAGCGCCUCCCUCCUUGGUACCGGAGAUCCAUUCUCCCGAAACCUUAGCUUCGGUCUCUCGGAGAACCCGGAGCAGAACCUUGGCAUCCCUGGACUCAGCCUUAGAUAUAGAGCUCCGUGGCCAGCUAACAUUCUACUCUCAGAGGAUGUUUUGAAAAAGUAUUCAACGGUCCUGGACUUUAUGUUGAACCUAAGAACUUGUUUGGCUGGGUUGGAGCAGGAUUGGAGUAAUGAGAACCUAGGACGGAGAGAGGAGAGAAGAACCAGGAACUAUACUCAUCAUAGGAUUAAUAUUAUCAGACAUGAAAUGUUGAAUUUUAUCCGGAACCUGCACUCCUAUGUUGCUGCACAAGUAUUAGAUGUUUCAUGGCUUGAGUUUCAGGUGAACCUGACGAGCAAGGUGACCUGCCUGGACGAGUUGAUUAGGUUCCACACCAAGUACAUCAACAGAGUUGUAUUCAGAUGUUUACUGAACCAGAAGGCAGCUCCUCUCAUGAAAAUUAUAAACAGCAUAUUUAUCUCAAUCAAUAAAUUCUCCAGCUACGGGUCUGUCAGGUUGGGUAAACUGGAGGAGGAGGAAAUGUUGAAACAGUAUCAAACCUUUCAGAAAACUAGUAGGUUCUUGUUUGAUCUUGUAACUAAACUGUGCUCCAGAGGAUACGAACCUCAUUUUCAGGAUUUGUUGCUGAGACUCAACUUUAACGGAUUCUAUAAUUCUUCCCUUGAACCUGUCAGACAUUAGUUCCAUCUAAGUGACUUGGAUACUUGGAUAUCUUGGAUACAAAUCAUCGAUCACUGGAUAUCAGUGGAUAUUUAGUAGACAUAUAAAUGCUAAAUGGUACUAAAAAUCAGACAGUAUAGCCAGGUAUAUACUGCAAACAUUCAUCUCCUUCAUUUUUAAUAAUA